GCAGCAACCAUCAAACUACUUGAAGAAGAAGAAGAAGAAGAAGCAGGAGGUGAACGAGAAGCACGAGCAGGAGGUCUCGCAGGGUCAAGUUCUGAUUUCAAUCUGAGAAGCUCAAGAUAUCCAUAAAUAUGGACGAAUGGGAAGAAGAGGAAACUACUGCGACCUCUGCUACAGCGACCAGCUGCGCCUCCAGCGACGGUGGAGGACGAGGCUCCUGGAAAGGUGAUCGUGGGGACUUUGGAAGAUAUGGUGGCAGCAGAGGAAGAGGAGGAUUUAGGAACUUCUCCAACACAGAUGGAGACGGCUGGAAUGGAGACGCAGAUAAUAAAGGAGACGGUUUCAGUGGCAGAGGAGGCCGAGGGCGUGGCCGAGGAGGAUUCAGCUCAUCCAACCAGGACCGCUUCUCUGGAGAAGCUGAUGGCGCUCAUGAGAACGGGUUUAGAGGGCGAGGAAGAGGAGGUCGGGGAGGAAGAGGAGGUUUCAGACAAGAUGGCGACCAGGGAGGAAGAGGAGGCUUUGGUGGAGGCUACCGCGGGAAAGACGAAGAGUUCUUCAGUGCAGGAGAAGACAAAGCAUCGGACAGGAAGGACGAGGCUGACGGAGACAAACCCAGAGUCACGUACGUUCCUCCCACGCUCCCCGACGACGAGGACUCCAUCUUCUCCCACUACGAGAGCGGCAUCAACUUUGACAAGUACGACGACAUCCUGGUGGACGUCAGCGGCACCAACCCCACCAGCGCCAUCAUGACCUUUGAGGAGGCCGGCCUGUGUGAGUCCCUGAGGAACAACAUCAGCAAGUCUGGCUACGUGAAGCCCACCCCUGUGCAGAAACACGGCAUCCCCAUCAUCUUUGCUGGCAGAGACCUGAUGGCCUGCGCCCAGACCGGCUCUGGCAAAACGGCGGCGUUCCUGCUGCCCAUCCUGCAGCAGCUGAUGGCAGACGGCGUGGCAGCCAGUCGCUUCAGUGAGAAGCAGGAACCUGAGGCCGUCAUCGUGGCUCCCACCCGGGAGCUGAUCUGCCAGAUCUACCUGGAGGCCAGGAAGUUCUCUCACGGGACGUGUGUGCGUCCUGUGGUGGUCUACGGCGGUGUGAGCACAGGACACCAGAUCAGGGAGAUACUGAAAGGAUGCAACGUGCUGUGUGGGACUCCUGGUCGCCUGCUGGACAUGAUCGGCAGAGGAAAGGUGGGAUUGAGUAAAGUGCGAUACCUGGUGCUGGACGAGGCCGACCGCAUGCUGGACAUGGGCUUUGAGCCAGACAUGCGGCGUCUGGUGGGCGCCUAUGAAAUGCCCUCCAAGGACAACCGGCAGACUCUGAUGUUCAGCGCCACCUACCCUGAAGACAUCCAGAGGAUGGCCGCAGACUUCCUCAAGACGGACUACCUGUUCCUGGCCGUGGGGAUUGUGGGCGGAGCCUGCAGCGACGUGGAGCAGACGUUCAUUCAGGUCACCAAGUUCUCAAAGAGAGAGCAGCUUCUGGAUCUGCUGAAAACCACAGGAAAGGAGCGCACCAUGGUGUUUGUGGAGACCAAGAGGCAGGCGGACUUCAUUGCUGCCUUCUUGUGCCAGGAGAAGGUCCCCACCACCAGCAUCCACGGGGACCGGGAGCAGCGGGAGCGUGAGCUGGCUCUGGCAGACUUCCGCUCUGGCAAAUGUCCCGUCCUGGUGGCCACAUCUGUAGCCGCCCGCGGCCUGGAUAUUCCAGAUGUGCAGCACGUGGUGAACUUUGAUCUCCCUAAGGACAUCGAUGAAUACGUCCACCGCAUUGGCAGGACGGGCCGCUGCGGUAAUCUGGGGAGGGCGGUGGCCUUCUUUGACCCGCAGGUGGACGGAGACCUGGCCCGCUCCCUGGUCACGGUUCUGUCCAAGGCGCAGCAGGAGGUGCCAGCCUGGUUAGAGGAAUCAGCCUUCGGCACCCACGGGACCUCUGGCUUCAAUCCCUCUAAGAAGACUUUUGGUGCCACAGACUCCAGAAAAAUGACGUCCUUCCAAGACCAGGGUGGUGUGAGCCAGCCAGGCAGCCAGAGUGCUGCUGAUGAUGACUGGGAAUGAGCCUCAGACCUGUUGAUUUGUUUUGAGCUGUUCCGCUUGUUGUUUUCCUCUCUGUUCCUCUCAUCCUGGGUCACCUGAUGGACAGGUAGCAGUUGAAUAUAAAACCCAGCGCUUAUAUGCAUGCAUCUUUUUAGUUUUCUUUUCUUUUGUUGUGAUUUUGCAGAGUUGUGAUUUUAAUUUCCUGAGUAAAACUCAGCUGCUUACCA